AUGGGAUCUUUUUCUGAUGAGCCGGACUUUGAUCUGCAAGGAGAGGAGAAUGUGAUCCUGACUGUGGGAGGGUUUGAAACAUUACCAGAACUGGAUGAAGAUGUGUGGAUGGUGGGUGUGGUGCUAGCUAACCACCCGGUUAGUGUUUUUGGUUUCAAAACUGUGAUGCGUGAGUUAUGGCAAUCAAGAAACUGCGUUGAUAUUCGUCAUGCUGGGCAGAAUUAUUUCAUAUUCAAAUUCACAACCCCAAAGGAUAGGGAUUUGGUGCUGAAGUCUGGCCCGUGGUUCUUCGAGCGACACACGCUGGCACUUAACACUUAUGAUGGCAAGGGAGAUCCAAGCAGUGUUCCAUUAACGAAAGUCCCCUUUGGGAUUCAGAUUCGGGGGUUGUCGUCCACUGGGAGGACGGAGGUGGUGGCCAAGUCUUUGGGGAAUGCAUUUGUCGGGUUCCUUGACUGGGACAAAUCUGAGGCUAGCAAGUAUGGCUCGUUCUUCAGGGUGAGGGCUUGGGUAAGGGUUGAUGUUCCUCUUCGCCGGGGAAAGAUGAUUGCACCUGAGAAGGGUGAACCCUUAAAGCUCAGUUUUAAGUAUGAGAAGUUGAUAAAUUUCUGCUAUAAAUGUGGGAGAAUGGAUCAUGUCCAGAAAGACUGUGGCUUUGAGGUUCCUGCUGGAGGGGCAGCUUUUGGUCCUUGGCUCCGUGCUGAUGGCGACAGGUACUUGAUUCCGCGAUGGAGGCCUGGGGGUGAGAGGGCUCGUGAUGCUCGUGGGGAAGACUUUACAGGGAUAGGGAGCGAGGGGGUGGGAGCAUCUGAUGCUUCCUCGGAGGUUCUGCGGGCUGAGGGUGUGGAUGGGAAGAAGGGGGAGGGUGGAGGGCAAGGGAAAGAGGAGAGAGUGAAGUUUUCUGGUGCUGGGAGCGUUGCCAAAGUAGGGUAUGGACGGCCGAGUGGUGGUAUUGUGUUUAAUAGCCCCCCGAUCUGUGGCCUCCGGGGUGGUGGCCGGAGAGGGGGUGCACGAGGGGGGGUCUCACGUUUGACAGGUGGGGACCGUGAGUAUGUGGGAAAGGACCUGUUGGGUCGAAAGCGGCCUUGCACUCCGACUUCUUCCGGUGGUAAAAUAUCUCCACCUUUGAAGAAAACUUCUUCUGAUAUUGGAUUGGGUUCGACGGCGGCUGCGGAGCAGCCCCGCCCUCCUCAAUGA